GCUAAGGAAGAGGGUCUUAGUUUAUUCCUAUCCUUCGUGCUAAGCUCUUUUAACAGUCUCGCGAGCUUCAAAGUCGAAACCUUUAGAGCUAUGGCGGUCGUGUUAUCUUCUACCAUAGUCUCUCCACUUGGAAUCAACAUCGAUAUGAGUAAGAAUCUGGGUGUAAAGUACUCUUCUUUCCCCAAAGUUCACCUCUUUAGUGUUUCUACUCCACUGCGUACUCGUAAACCAGUCGUCACCGUCGCCUCGAGCCGUAAAAAUAUAGGAGCUGGUUUGGCAAGCGAGGAUAAGAAACUGUUGCUGGAACGAUAUGGUUAUGAUGCUACUGAGUUUGCCUCUCAAUCCAAGAAGUCUAGAAGAAAAGAGGAGGAAAGGAGUGGAAGGAACAGUCAAAAAGAGGAAGAAGUUGUUGCUGUACAGCCAAGAACAACUCAUAGGUUACUUCAGGUUCUUGCUGGAACGGCCAAACGAAAGAAGCUGCUUUCUCUUAAGGGAAUGGAUGUUAGACCUAUGAUGGAAGUUGUCAAAGGUGCAGCUUUUGGGAUUCUCCAGGCAGCUGGUGGUUGUCCAACGUCUCUUCGUCCUGGGAGGUGGUUGGAUUUGUACAGCGGUACAGGAUCCGUUGGAAUAGAAGCAAUCAGCAGAGGAUGUUCUGAGGCACAUUUUGUGGAGAUGGAUCCUUGGGUUGUUUCAAAUGUUCUACAACCAAACUUGGAACACACUGGGUUUGUUGAAGCUUCGGUUAUACACACUGCUCGUGUCGAAAACUUCUUGGAACGUGCAGAUAAAUUAGUAGGUAAGGAUGGAGCGUUUGAUUAUAUCAGCGUUACACCACCGUACAUGGAGGUUGAUUAUGAGGUUCUGAUGGAUCAGGUUUCUAAGUCCCCAGCAAUUGGCGAGAAUACGUUCAUUGUGGUUGAGUACCCUUCACGAACCACAAUGCUUGAUUCAUGCGGAUGCCUUGAAAAGAUGACUGAUCGAAGGUUUGGCCGGACACAUCUGGCUAUAUAUGGACCCAAAUGGGCUCAAAAGCCAAGAAAAUCUUGAAUCCAGAGUGAAUCUCAGCAGUCACAUGUGGCCAUUUUCUCGUUUAAAGGCAUUGAACAGAGGCUGGGAUUGAAGACCUGUAGUUUGUUCCAACCUUUGAAUACUAUAGAGUGCCUUUGUACACUGAUCGCCAUUUUGUUUGUUGCCAAGUCAUAAGAGGGAAACAAGUUGCAGUGUUAUGAUAAUUUUAAAAUCGGUACUGGUGUGUAUGUCGCCUAUGUGUUUGUGAAGCAGAAAUUUAGUUGUACACACUUUGAGUAUAUGAUGUCAGUUAGAGUUUUCUCCUUUUUCCAUUACAUAUGGCUUCUCUUGAUACCUUUAAGCGUGAGAGAGCAACUUGCUAUACAUAAUUUCUAAAUGUAUGAGUGAUAUACAUCAA